UUCUUGUUGUGAUUGGCUCUGUCGUUCCUAUCGCAGAAACAUUUGUUCAUUCUGUCAGACAUAUCGCCUUUGAGGUAUUUUACAUAUAUCUGUAUGCAGUCAGUAUCUGUUUUAUUAUUUACAUGUACAUGUUCCUUCUACAUGAUUCUCCCGUAGCAGUUGGCAAUCUCAAAAGAAGCUUGAGCGAGCGAGGCAGAAAACGUCUGGGACCAUCACCGCAAGAUGUUGAAAAUUUCCUCCCGGAUACAUGGAGUCAGACCUCACGUAGUAAACGACGAAAAAUUACUUUCAAUAACACAAUGAAACAAAGUGCUGCAAGCUUUUAUCUGCGACUUGGUGCAGUGGUGUUUGGAAUAGGUUGUAUGAUAUUAGAGGGUCUAUACAUUGGACAGCUUCUCGAGAUUUCACAUUCUAACGAUCCAUGUGCCGCCUUAAGUAUGAUUAUUAGACCUGUCCUGAAACCAUGCUUUACGUUUUCUCAAUUGUUCUUCAUUUUCAGAAAUUCAAAGAUGGUUGUAUAUAAAGGUCGAUCAAUCGCAAGAUUCGGCUUUAUGCACAUGGCUGCGACAAACAUAUGUAGCUGGUUCAGAUCUAUUGUAAUGGAAACAUUACAGUCGUUUGCAGAAACAAUCGCAGAGCAGAGACUGCAAAAGAUGAAGCUUGAUCAAGAAUCAAGCAACAUAUCCCAUGUAAGCCACCACGCUGUUCAUAUUAGACUUCCGCUUACUGAGUUUUCCUGUCGCUAUAGUAACAUGAUAGGAGGGAUGUUAAUGGAUUUCAGCCAUUAUCUUUAUCCAUUCUGCAUAGAAUAUAGUGUAAUUUGUGCAGGAAUUUUAUAUGUAAUGUGGAAAAACAUAGGAGUGAGAGAGAAACUGGUUAUUAGGGAAUCAGAAGACAAAGAAGAAAACCGACAGAGACAUAAAAUGAGCGUGGAUUGUUCGGGGUCCAGUAGAGGACUUUUUCUAGGAAUAUUUGUGUUUGUUGGCAUGGUUUGCAGCAUGAUCGUGUUCUACGUCAUCAGUAAACAUGACCCAGAUGCAAAACACACCGCCAUUAUUGUACAUACCACAGAAAUCAUAAUUUUGUCUUUGGCAAUGGCGGCUAUUAUUGGUGCGGCAGUGAGCAUGCGUGAUCUUCGUUUUAUUUGGAAGACAAAAGACAUGCUUGAGGAGACACUAAUUCUAGUAUCAAUGACGGGACUGUACAUGUUUUCAAUGUUUAGUUUAAUCGCAGCGUUCUUUUACAAAGAUACAACUAAAGGUGUUUUAAUGAUUAUCGUUCACAUCUUGAUGAUAUGUGUAGCAACUGCGCAAACUAUAUUUAUGAUUUUUGGAUUACGAUUGUCAGCGAAAAAUGUGAAUCAUGUCAAAUCAAAACCAGGAAGAGAAUUUGUUACAUUCUUAUUGUUGUGUAACUUUUCAUUGUGGUUUAUUGCGACGUUUGAAAUUCAAAAAUCAGGACAUAAUCCUCAGCAACUGGAGUUUUAUGGCGCGAAAGCAUGGACUAUUUUUACACAUAUCUCCGUACCACUAGGAAUAUUUUAUUUCUUUCAUUCUACUGUUUGCUUAUCGCACAUUUGGAAACAUGCUUGGAAGUUCAAGAAAUUCAGCAAAAUAUGAAAUUACCGAAUAUAGCCAAGAUAGUUAUUGAUCUACACAUCUAUAUAAAAUCACGUUUAUAAAAAGCUAGACAUUAGUUUUAAGAGCAUUUUACAUUAUUUUUUUCUAUAGUGUACCGUAUAAUGCUAGGGUGCCGCGCGUGUAUGAUAUAGCUUUCAGUAGACUAUAAUAUACCAACUUCUUGUAUAUAAAAUCGUCAUUGUAUAUUAUAAUUUCAUGUCAUUUUAAGAAUAAUAACCAUAUGAAACUUUAAGGUGCAAUGUGAACUAUUCACAAUUGACCAAAUAUCAUAGAUGAAACCGACUACACCAUACGAUCUUUAACAAUUAUCAAAACUUAAACUUUAUAGUAAGCUGUAAACGACACCGACAUGACAAAAUGCUAAUCAAUUCAAACGAGAAAACAAACGGCCUGAUUUAAGUACAAAACAAUACGAAUUCGAAAAAUGAAAGAC